CACGUCGCGUCGCGUCUGCGACGGCGGCCGAGGAGGGUCAAGGCGUCAUGGCGGCCGUUCCUGCGCCUUCCUCUGGAGCUUUGGUGCCCGUCGCUGCCGAGGCCGGCGCCGUGGUCAGGAGCAGGGAGGCCGUCCGACCGGCCGCCAAGCGUCCGAAGAAGAUCCUGGAUGAGGAUGCCUACAUCGAGAGUUUAGAGAAUAUUAUUCAGCGCGAUUUCUUUCCCGACGUGGAGAAGUUACGGGCGCAAAAGGAGUAUCUGGAAGCUGAGGAAAAUGGUGACUUGGAGAAAAUGAGGCAAAUCGCUAUUAAAUUUGGCUCCUCCUUGGGCAAAUCAUCGCGGGACACACCUGUGCCAUAUGUUACCCCAGCCACGUUUGAAACCCCAGAAGUGCAUCCAGGUGGUCUCUCUCUGGGAAAUAAAUCCAGAGCUGGCACUCGAGCUGCAGAGGAAGGAGAAGCAGAAAAAGAUGAUAAAGAUGCUCUUCCCAAUCUGGACAGUUUCUUAGCAAAACACACGAGUGAAGAUAAUGCUUCAUUUGAGCAGAUCAUGGAAGUGGCCAAGGAGAAGGAGAAAGUCAAGCAUGCUUGGCUGUACAGUGCAGAAGAGGAGUAUGCCCAGAGACGAAAUGAAAACCUGGCACUUCCUUCAGCAGAGCAGCAAGCCCUGGAGAAUGUGAAAGCUGGGCUGGAGACCUGGGAGUACACUGCUAGAAACACCCUCAUGUAUUAUCCAACAGGUGUACCUGAUGAGGAGGACACAUUUAAGAAGCCCAGGGAAGUUGUCCAUCGGAACACUCGUUUUGUGAAAGAUCCAUUUAGCCAAGCCUUGAGCAAAUCACAGCUCCAGCAAGCUGCAGCCCUCAAUGCUCAGUACAAACAGGGGAAAGUAGGACCAGAUGGGAAAGAGCUGAUACCCCAGGAGUCUCCAAAAGUGAAUGGAUAUGGAUUUGUGACUACUCCCUCUCCUGCCCCUGGUGUGAAUGAGUCUCCUUUUAUGACAUGGGGUGAAAUAGAAAGCACCCCUUUACGUCUGGAUGGAUCAGAAACACCGUAUGUGGAUCGCACACCUGGACCAGCCUUCAAGAUCCUGGAGCCUGGACGUCGAGAGAGGUUAGGACUCAAGAUGGCCAAUGAAGUGGCAGCUAAAAAUCGAGCAAAGAAGCAGGAGGCACUUCGAAAAGUCACAGAAAACUUGGCCAGCCUCACUCCAAAGGGAUUAAGCCCAGCAAUGUCACCAGCUUUGCAACGACUGGUAAACAGGACUGCAAGUAAAUACACCGACAAAGCCCUGCGGGCCAGCUAUACUCCUUCUCCAGCCCACACAGGAACUCCUGGUUACAAGACACCAGCAAAUGGGCCCCAAACACCCACGACCACCCCACAGUCUAGGACAGUAUCUCAGACACCAGUAUCUCAAGAUACUACAUCAAUCACAGAUAAUUUACUACAGCUUCCUAAAAGAAGGAAGGCAUCUGAUUUCUUCUAAAUGUUCUUGUCAUCAGCAAGUCAACAGUGAACAGCCCAUGCUCAGCUGUCUGCAACGUGGAUGUUUUGAACCAUCAGUAGUAAGAGGUAUCUAGAUUCAGCUGCCAGAGUGGAAGCCAGCAGUUAGAUCCGGGACCAAAUCUAGACUAUGUAGCUGAAAUAGCUUGUGAUGUGCUUUAUGGAAGACAAGUGUCUCUUGCUGUGGUAUAACUUCCCUUUGAACUGCAUGGAUAUGUUAUACAGCUGUAUCAUAAGGAUGCUUCCUGCAGUGGCAAAGAAGAAUCUGGACUCUUAGCUCAAACAGUGAUAAUUUUUAAAAUAUCUCUUUUUUUCAGAUGGCCAUGUGUUUGAAUACAUUUCUAUACAAAUAUGUCUAUUUAUAAAAUAUGUUAAGCCUUCCUAAAAGGUUGAACUGGAUUUUACUCUUGCUUAUCAAACAUUUUUGGUCUCGUCCUUUACAGAAGAGAGGAUGUCAGAGAGUCACAGAACUGUAGGGGUUAGAAGGGACAUCUAGAGAUCAUAGAGUACAACUCCCCAGCUAAAGCAGUUUCCCUACAGUAGAUUGCACAGGGCCACGUCCUGGUGAGACUUGAGUAUCUUUAGAGUGGGAGUCUGCACCACCUCUCUGUGCAGACUGUUCUAGUGCUGUCAUUAACAGUAAAGAAAUUCUUCCCUUCUCAGCCUUCUCAUCUCCAGACCAAAAAGAUCUCAGGUCUCUCAGCCUUUUCUUGUGCAGGAGAUGCUCCAGACCCCUAACCCUUAUAUACAUAUAUAUAUACACAUCUCUGUCACUCAUGGUUGUAGGGGGCAUCUCUUUAAUGCAAGUGGAUUUUAAACUGGUGCUUCCCAGUGUAUGGUAGACUUGUCAAAAGAAAUCUUACUUUGUGAAAAAAUGUACCCAGUUCCAGAUGUCAAUUCACACUUCCUAAUAACCUGCAAUCUUACUUAUUGUGUUCUGCAGCUGGUGUAACAGAAGCUUGAGUGUGAACAGCACUGUGACUCAAAAGAAAGCUUUCCUUUGUGCUUUUGACCAAAACUCUUGGUUAUUGCAAACCAUAUCAGAGAUGGUUGUUCAUUCAUCUCAGUAGAUGAACUUUGUAAAGCAAAAGAUGACUAUUUCUGAAAGGGCUGGGGGUAGUUGAAGUUGAAAACCAGCAGUUCUCAAGCUGGAUCAAUUUUUAAGAGAAUCUGAUUUCCUUCACCCCACCUUUCCAUCCCGCAGAAAGAAGUUUUGGCUUGCUGAUCAUGCUCAGGCUUUUCCUCUGCAGUUUUUGGGGACACUCACCCUCUUGUGCAGUGGGCAGAGGGGGUAGGGAUUUGGGAUUUUGGAGUUUGGAACCACAAGCAUCUCAAAAACUUCAUUUACAUACAACCUCUGAGAUGUGUCAGGCUGAAGCAAGUGGAAAAUAAGGUCCUCGCAGUCUUUAGUCAGGUAUUUUGAUGUGUGGAAGUCAGUCUUGUAUCAUUUCUGAGUACACAUAAUGUUUCUGACAUUAGAAUCACUAAAGGGCAUUAAUGCAUAGACCACUGUAUGCAAAAUGACCCAGGCUCCAGAUGCCAGAAAUCCUGGGGUCGCAAGGAAUGUCCUGCAGCACUUCAGGGGCUGCAUUUGUCCACAGAAGGUUUUGCUGAGAAGAGAUCUUCCCUUUUCACCCUGAGACAAAUGUUUGGAGAAGUCAAGCCUGACAUCUUGACGUUUAAAUGUUCUUUGGGAAGGAUAUUCCCAGAUUUCAGGUCUCUGUUAGCUACGUUUAAGUCAUGGCAAUGCUUGAUGGCAGGAGCCAGCUGCUGGAACUUAAAGUGAGCAAAGUUCUCUUUCACAGCUUCUGUCAGCUUGACAUGGCCCAGGAGGUCUCCCUUUACCCCCAGCUCCAUAAAGAUGUACAAUUUCCCUCCUGAUACCUCAAAGAUCUCAGAGUUUUGAUGAUUGAUGGGUGGUGCAAAUGUUCCAUCUGUUUCCCUGGGGAGAAAUUAGUCCAGGAAGCCCUGAGGCAUUCUGUCGUCAAUUAUCUUUAUAGCCACAUUGCUUUAUAACCUGUUGCAGCAGGCUAAUUUCACUGCCAUACGAGACUUCUCCUGGUGUGGUGCUCAGGUUGAAACCUUCCUUUCAGUGUUACUUUAGGGGUGUCUUCCACUUCAGUCUUUGGUUUACCAGUUUUAGAUUAUUAUUUUUUUUCCCCACAAGCUAAAAUGGAGAAGGAAUCAUUCAUAAUAGUGAUUACAAGAAAGCUCCUCCUGAAGGCAUUAAACUAUUGGAAAAUUUUCUUAAGCAACUGAAUUUGAGGACUAUGGUGGCGACGGGUUGAUGUGGGCUCAGAUUAGUGGUUCCAACCUUAAUGAUUCUAUGAGUUUCUACUGCUGAAGGUUUCCUGCUGUACCCAAUGGAUGGAAAUCUAGUCUUAGCUCUUCUUGCUGGUUAUGGUGAGUUUUCAAAAUACUUGUUGGUAGGUUAAGUUUUUUAAAUGCUUUCACUGAAUGGACCAAUGCUCUAUGUGUGCUGCUUGGCUUUAUGUUCAAGCACAGCGAUGUAUCUGAGUUUGUUAUUGCAGUCGUGUUUUGAAACCUUUCUGAAGUUGUUUAAUUGUUCAUGUUUGUAUCUCAGGAGGCACACAGGGUUAAGUGCUACAUGAAGGAGCUCCUGAAGGUGCUGGGGAGCAAAGGAUGCUGGUUGUUUGUUUGUUUUGUUUUGUUUUCACAGUGGCUGCGUUCAAGAACUGUUUGUUUCUAUUUGCUUGGUGCUUUCCCUUAACUUUCUUUCCUUGGUUCUCUUUCAGCCCCUCUGUUUCGUAGCUCUGAUGAUUGGCUGCUUCCUGUGGGUUUGGCAGCUGUUAUUUUCUUAAACCCUUACUCAUCGAGUAAGUUGCAUUUUGACUUCCAGCUUCUGCUUUACUUGAGGAAAGCUCACAACAUCACUUCUUCGGAACUGAUGGGAGGAUGGUGGUUUGUGUGUGUGCUGAUUGCUUCACUGUAAUCGGCCUCGGGGGCUUUUUGCUUUAUGUUGGUUUCUGCUUUUUCAAACGUAGUUUUUCAGCUCCCAAGUGUACGACUUCAAAGCCUUAAUGAUGAGAACGCAGGGGCUGGGAACAAUCCUGCACAGCCCACCAAUGUCAUUCUGACAAACAUUCUGACCACCAGACUGGGACUUUUGAUUAUUAUUCUCCCCCCCCCCCCCCAAUCUUUGAAGCUUGUAGCUAUUUUUUAUAAUUAGCCAGAAAGACGAAGAACAGUUUUAACCGUUCUGAGCUGUGGUUGUUGUAGUACAGGCUGACCUCUGGGUGCAAGCUGAGCCCUGCUGGCAGGAAGGCACAGCCAGCUGAGUACACUGCUUGCACCACGCCUGGGCACAGGGCAGCCUGCAGAACACUGGGCAGCCUGUGUAACACUUGGCAGCCCGGGGCUUUGCUAUAAUCACACGACGUUCUCCGCAGGGAAUAUCCAUGGAAAUAUUUAUGCAGCUCUUUGAGCAGUGCCUGCGGAUUUCUGUAAGGCUGAGGGUGUUUGGGGCUGUUUUUGCCUUGGUGGAGAGCUUCCUCCUGUGCGGUUUCCAUUGCCACUUCCACAGCACCUGUCCCUGGCUGUGACCUUUCCAAGUGACUUUUAUAGCACAACUUGUGAGAAUAAAUUGAGUGAUACGACGUCGCUGGGGUUUGUGAGUGCAUGAAACGAAAAGGUUUUGCUUUUUUUGGUGUGGAAGUAACCAAGGGCUCAGUUUUUUUUCUUCAGGCAAAAGGAAGAAACAACCAACCUAUUCUCAGAUGCUGAUGGAUGAAUAUAAAGAACAUCUAUUA